AGCAAUCAUACACAUAUGCGUUCUAGCUGUUGUACUAUAAGGGUGGACAGUGGAUCAAGUCGUGCGUGCAUGUUUGUGGAUAGUAUACCAAGUUGAGAAUAUAUUUAUAUAAACCUCUUAAAGGAGACACCAAAUCAGAACCAACAUGGCUGACCUGAAGAAGAAGCUUUCAUGGGGUGGAAACUUCUGCCGAGGAAUCCUCUGCUGUUUCAACUUUCUUUUCUUGCUUGGAGGUAUCAUCCUAAUGGCUCUAGGCAUCUGGGUCCUGGUUGACUCCGACUCGAAGCAUCUUACCGCCAUCCUGACUGACAACCUCCACCACACCGCGGCCUACAUUUUCCUCAUCGCUGGCAUCAUCGUCAUGGUCGUAUCGGUGUUUGGAUUCUGCGGAGCUAAGAUGGAAAGCAAGUGCUGUCUGGGAAUGGUUAGUAUCAGAGGCGAAAGCAGGGUUUCAUAAAUGGAACUCCCCACCCACCCCCCCUAAAAAAAAGAAAUCCAAAAGGUUGCCAGCUGUCUCCCCCAUUGAUAUAUAUUAUACUUUUUGUUUAAAAAUUCCCUUCUCUUUGACUCCCCCCCAAAAAAAAAGUUUGAUACGAAUUCAUGAAAAUUGGAAGUGAAUGAGUAUUGCCUUCAUUUUUAUAAAGGAAAUUUUACCUUUCUAAUAAAAGAUAAUGCAAUGUAAUUUUAAGAUUAUUAUCAUUAAUUUCUUUAUUUUGUUCAUUUUCAUUAAAGGUAUAGUGUAUGAUUGGUUGAUCUCAGACAAGGGCAAUGAAUCAAUUUUGAAAUUAUUACAUUCAUUAAAUACCUAUAUUAUUGCUCUAUUUUAUCACGGAAAAGAAACUUGCAUAACUUUUAUAUUCUCAUGAUAUUGAGGGGUGAAACAUAUAUUAUAACAAAUGUCGGUUAAACGAUAAAAGUUUGAACUUUCUUAUUGACGCCCUCUCGGGUUAAAAAAUAAAUUGAUAUUAGAACACCGUUCGAAUCAUGCAUAUUCAUUACGACUCAUGCAUAUUGAUGAAAUACGUCAUGGCGCAUGCGCAGUAUCAAGAAAUCCCCGUAUCAACAAAGUGCAGUACUCUGUGUGUGUAGCUGAGUAGAAAGCAAACAUCGAACGGUGCGUGCAAGCUCAAUGAGCCGAUGCUAGGCGGCUAGCGACAUGCUUGCGCUCUGCAUUAGUUUCAGUUAUAAUCCACUAUUUGCGAUAGCACACACAGGAUAAGAAUACUAUAUUGAGCUAUAUCCAUAAAUGUAUCGUACGCGUGAAAAAGGAUUCAGACACGUUGAUUAUCUGACGUGAAUGACGAAGCAAAGGAUUGCCCAAUACGGCUUACUUUCGGACUCUUAUGUCAUGAAUCUGAAAGUACUCCAAGACUAAAAGAGAUACGAGAAUCCCAGAGAUGGGCAAGGGCCGAGUUCCGAGUUUGAUCUUUAUUCAUGUGGAUUGUAGCUCUUUUAUGCACUUUUCCCUUCAUGUAUAGCUUGGCGUGAUACAUAUACGGGAACUACAGCGAGGCGCUAUAGCGCAGCUCACUGUAUGUAUACUCUGUAUACUGACUCCUUGGCCCUCCCCAAAGGAAAGGGGGAGGGAGGAGAGAGAAGAAAGAAAGAAGUGGAUUGGUGAAAGAGAAUCAGGAGAGCCAUCAUAAAGGGAUAUGGAUACAACAUACCCUAAUUUGAUAUUUUGGUGUUUUUUUAUCUUUCCUGAAUGUUUCAGUCAGUUUCAGAUUAUUUAGAUCCACUCGCAAAGUACAGAGGAGAAAUUGGAAAAAAAAGUUAGACCAAAAAUAUUUAAAACUCUAAACAGACGGCCACCACCAUUCUGUCUACAGCCAAGCAUGAAGGGAAAGGGCGAAGAGAAAAACGAUUACUUUCAGAGCAGGUUCUACGAUAUAAAACAGGGUUUGUUUAAUACGGGGUUAAAUAUAGGCCUAUAGUAAAACAUAACGAAGAUGCAAUCAUAUAUGCCUAUAGUAAAACAUAACGAAUAUGCAACCCCAAUGCGGGGUUAAAUAUAGGCCUAUAGUAAAACAUAACGAAGAUGCAACCCCAAUGCGGGGUUAAAUAUAGGCCUGUAGUAAAACAUAACGAAGAUACAAUCCCAAUGCAACACUUGACUACUCUUCGUUUGUUUAGAUUGAACUCGCGAGGUCAAAAGGUGAGCUGAGAAACCUGUUGAUGCGAAGUACGUACGUGUAGUCUACAUUGUGUAGACCGUGAUAGCAUGAAUGUGACCAACGUACGCAUCAAGUUGCUAAUUUCUGUUAUUUCUGUGCCGAGGUUUUUACCUGACUGCUAAGAAAGCACGAAUGCCUGUGAGCAAGCAACCAGGGGACCAACGGCUCAAGGUCGAACAAGCAGAGUAAAGGCGUCAUGAGUCAAAAAAUGAGGGGGGGGGGCAGACAUGACGUCAGGGACAAGAUUUCUGGGAAAACUCUUAUUUUUGCAUCCACACAAGAAAGCUUGCAUCGAGAUAUGGAAAAAUGAGAAGUUGAGUAUUGCGCGGUGCACGUGCUUCAGAGUUGUGAUUUCCAGGGCCGACCAGCAUGUAGAGUCUUACAACAGAACUUUACAAGGCACGCCGUGGGGCAAAGUGCAACAACGUAUGUGAAAGAAGACUAAGCAAACCUGGAGAAGCAGCAAGGUGCAACAUGUACAAGGGAAUUGUGCAUGUACAUCACGUCUGCUUUGAAAUGUGUACAUGGGUCGCCGAGUUUUUAUGUAGUAUGGGGAGGGGGUGGGGGUAGCCUAUAAUGAUAUAGUAGGGCGCUUUAUACUUUAUACAAUCAUGGACCUAUUAGGUCCAUGCUAUAAUCAAACCAUCAGCACGACCGGUGGAUGGAUGACUGAAAGAAUGGAUGGAUAGGCAUAUAUAAAUGGAUCAUCCAAUUGAUGUAUUUUCCCAAGAAAUGGAUGGUCAAAGAGAAAUGGAUACAAAUGAUGCAGCAAUAGAUAGGGGCACCCCAUGGGAGAUCAACUUGCUACCCCUUCAUAGACAGUAAACAAGUAGAAAGAAUUGAUAAAAAGAUGAAAUUUUAUAACAAAUGAGAGGAAGAAAGGCCUCCGGGAAAGGCCUAUACGCAUACAGAGUGUGCACGAGCAGUUCAACCGUUGAAAAAAUGUGAAUGACUGCGACAUGAGCAGGACAAAGACAUUACUUGCAUCCGGGACUUGCAUCUUGAUUGGCAUAACAUUUUAGACUUAUUUAUCAAUGGAAUUGUAACUCCCAUUUCCCUGCUAUAACUAUAGGAAAAACGAAUGAUAACUGUUGUUUUAUAGACGUGGAAAUUUAUGCUUCAUAUUAGGACCAAAGAGAUUCUGGCGUACGUGUCAAUAUUUCAAAACUCAUGCGGGAAAAUAAUAUAAUCAUUUUUUAUGAUUGAAAAAAAAGUGCCAAGUUCACACUGUCACGAUUUUUUUUUUUGGUGGCGGUGCUGAGGAAAAUUUGACAAAGCAAAAGAAAAACAUUAAAAAAGGUUCCAAUACAAAAUGUUGGUAAUUUUCCUACAUUUAUCCAAUUCGACACCUAUACCAGAAUUCCAGGGGGAGCUGCCUACAUGGAAAAUAAUGCACGCCGCACCCCAUUGUAAAAUCUUGGGGGUGCUUUGCACCCCCGGUUCCAAGGGCCUUAAUUAUAAUCGCGGAAUAAUUAAUCGUAUCAGAUCAGUCGAGGCGAUCGUAUUGAUCGUAUAAAUAGUUGGAAUGGUUCAACUAUGUGGUGAUGUGGCUUUUUUUGCAGGAUUUUUUUGCAUUUAUUGGAAUAAUAUACAAAACAAAUUUACAAUGCUUGAGACAUGAUCAUAAUACAAGUGACAAUCGUAUAUGUAGUGACUGGAGAAAUACAAUAUAUAAAAAAAUAUAUAUAUAAUGAGUAAAAUGCAUAGGCAAACUAUAUACAGUAAGCAAAUAUGUGCUUGAAGCAUAUAGCAGCCAAAAUAAAAAUGAAAUUUCGAAA